GGGUGCCGUACCCCCAUCCCGCCCCGCGCUUCUGAGGGGCCUGUGCGGAGCCAAGCUGAGCUGUGGCCAUCGGGUGCGGCCAGGUCCGGCCCGGCGCAUCUGCGAGGAUGGGUGCGGGUGCGCUGGCCGUGUGCCAAAGUAAAGCUGCGGUCCGGCUGAAGGCCGACGUGAAGAGGGCGGCGGCGGUGCCCUGGGGCGAGCAGGAUGGUGCCUGCACCCGGCUGUUUGGGGUCAGCCUGCAGGAGCUGCAGCGGCGCGGCCUCGCGGAGGACGGUGUGCCCGCCGUGGUACGCAGGCUCGUGGAGUACUUAACACAGCACGGGCUGGGCCAGGAGGGCCUGUUCCGGGUGAGCGGCAGCAUGAAGGCGGUGCAGCGGCUGCGGUGGACACUGGAGCGUGGAGCGACCCUGGAGCCUGGUGGGGACGGUGAGGUGAGCGCAGCGGCCAGCCUGCUAAAGCUCUUCCUGCGGGAGCUGCCUGAGCGCCUGGUGCCCGCCACGCUGCAGCCGCGCCUCCUCCAGCUGCUGUGGGGCGACAGUAGUGGUGCUCAGGAAAGCAGUCUAAGGGACCUGCUCAGAGAGCUGCCAGAUGCCCACUACCAGCUCCUCAAAUACUUGUGCCAGUUCCUGACUCAGGUAGCCCAGCGGCACGGGCAGAACCGCAUGGACAUUCACAACCUCGCCACUGUGUUUGGGCCAAAUUGCUUUCAUGUAUCAUCUGGGCUGGAAGGCAUGAAGGAACAGGAGCUCUGCAACAAGAUAAUGGCUAAAAUCUUAGAAAAUUAUAGCACCCUGUUUGAAGGAGACGAUUCAGAAAAUGACAACCAGAGAUGUGAAACCCUGACCAGGCUUAUCCUGGUAAAGGAAGCCAGUCAUAUGAAGUCCUUACCCAUGUUUCUGACAAAAGACAUAAAAAGAGACAUUCAGAAACCAUCUCCAAAAACCAAGGUGAGUUAUGUCUGCUCUUUAGGCUACAUCUCUUACAGAGGAAGGAGAACCAGAGCAUUACUCUGGCACAUGUGUUCUCAGGGAUUGAACUCAGAAUCUGACAGGGUCGCAGUCUCUGACCCUCAGUCUAAUGUGACCUUCUCUUUGCUUCUUUCCCACAGUGCUCAUGUGUCCCAAGUCGGUGGUGUUUCCACAACUGAAGAACUCUUGGAAAGAACCAUCCGGUCAGCAGUAGAGCAGCACCUCUUUGAGGUGACCAGCCCUGGAAACCAAAAUCCAGAAACCUUGGAAUCUGGACCUUCGCAGGCUUCUUCCACCAUCUCAGCCAGGCAGCGGCGGCGCCAGGCCAGGGAGCAGGAAGAAUCUCGGCAAGAAAGAGAUGUAGGACUUAUCAACAAAGAAAAUAUUCCUUCUGGAUUCAACAGCCUUGAUGAUUGCAUUCUGAAUGCUCAGGAAGUGGAAAGAUUACAUGAAACUUCUGGUUAUAUCGGAGAAACGGAGAAACCUACACGUCAAAAGUCUGGUUCCAAGCUUUCUGAGCUUAGUGAUAGUCAAGAGAGGCUAGUGAAUGUGGGAACUCUUGCUUCAGUACCAUCUCAAGAGAGCCCUGGACCUGAUGAUGUUGAACUGAUGUCCGAUAAAAGCAAAGAAGCUAACAGCAGCGGAGACCACACCCAGCAUUCUGAGGGUAAACUGCAGCCACAUGAAGAAUUCCCUUUAGAUUUUCCACUAAGUAAAAUUAAACAAGAAGCCAAAUCAGUCCCGAAGGGGCAGAAGAGACCCGCCGGGCCGCAGCCAAGCAACCGCGCGGCACUGUGCCGAGGCGGCGCCCUCCUCCUGCAGGCAGCGAGCUCCCUCCCUCCUCGCCGCCAAUCACAGCAGCCAGGGGGCUCGGCCGCCCGCGGGAAUCUUCCUGCGCGGGCCCUUCCGGCCGCAGGGAGCCCGGGCCCGCGCGCAGAUGGCUGCUCGCCCCCCCGCGCAGCCGGCGCGGCUCCGGGCUCCCGGGCCGGGCUCACCCGAGAGCUGCGGGGCGGGGAAGGCUGCGGCCGCAAGGGAGGGCGCUGCUGCGGGCGCGCUGCUCUGCCCAGCCCUAGCUCCUGGCCCAUUGUGCUGUCCUUGCAGACCCCCGGCAUGAAGAUCCAGGAGCACCCCGCCAUGAAGAUCCAGGAGCACCCGGGCAUCGCCGACGCCAAGCUGCAGAAGACGCCGGAGGCCGCCGAGCCGCCCGAGGGCUGCGCGCCCCCAGAAGCGCCGCCGCUGGAGCUGAGCGCCCUGUGCGCCGACAGUGGCUGGGAAGACCCCUCCCCAGCAUGCAGCUCCUGGCAACAGGAGCAGGUAGACCCUGCAGAGGCCCCGAGGGCCGACCUGCUGAUCCGCCAGCUCCGGGAUGAGGACAGCGACCCCAUGCUCUCACCUCGCUUCUAUGCCUAUGGGCAGAGCCGACAGUACCUGGAUGACACGGAGGUGCCCCCCUCACCCCCCAACUCCCAUUCUUUCAUGAGGCGUCGGAGUUCCUCCCUGGGGUCCUAUGAUGAUGAGCAGGAGGACCUGACUCCCGCCCAGCUCACCCGUAGAAUCCAGAGCCUUAAAAAGAAGAUCCGGAAGUUUGAAGACAGAUUUGAAGAGGAGCGAAAGUACCGGCCUUCCCACAGUGACAAGGCAGCCAAUCCAGAGGUUCUGAAAUGGACAAAUGACCUUGCCAAAUUCCGGAAACAACUGAAAGAGUCAAAACUAAAGAUAUCUGAAGAGGACGUGACACCCAUGAUGCGACAGCGAAGCAACACGCUCCCCAAGAGCUUCGGCUCCCAACUUGAGAAGGAAGAGGAAAAGAAGCAAGAGCUGGUAGAUAAAGCACUAGGGCCUAGCGUUGAAGCCACACUGGAAUCUAUCCAGAGGAAGCUCCAGGAGAAACGGACAGAAGCCAGCCGCCCUGAGGACAUUAAGGAUAUGACCAAAGACCAGAUUGCCAAUGAGAAAGUGGCCCUGCAGAAAGCUCUCUUAUACUAUGAAAGCAUCCACGGUCGGCCGGUGACCAAGAAUGAGCGCCAGGUGAUGAAGCCACUGUAUGACAGGUACCGGCUGGUCAAACAGAUCCUGUCCCGAGCCAACGCCAUCCCCAUCAUCGGGUCCCCCUCCACCAAGCGGAGGAGUCCUUUGCUGCAGCCAAUUAUCGAGGGCGAGACUGCGUCCUUCUUCAAGGAGAUCAAGGAAGAAGACCAGGGCUCAGAAGAUGACAGCAGCACAAAGCCAGACUUGACAGUCACCCUGAAAACUGAUUUCACUGCACGCUGCUUUCUGGACCAAUUCGAAGAUGACACUGAUGGCUUUAUUUCCCCGAUGGAUGACAAAAUGCCAUCCAAAGGCAGCCAGGACACUGGGCUUUCAAAUCUCCAUGCAGCUUCCAUCCCAGAACUCUUGGAGCACCUUCAGGAAAUGAGAGAAGAGAAGAAAAGGAUUCGCAAGAAGCUGCGUGACUUUGAAGACAGUUUCUUCCGACAGCAUGGAAGAAACGUCCAGAAGGAGGAGCGCACCCCCAUGGCCGAGGAAUACACCGAGUACAAGCACAUCAAGGCGAAGUUGAGGCUCCUGGAGGUGCUUAUCAGCAAGAGGGAUGCUGAUUCCAAGGCCAUGUGAAGCCACCACUCCUGCUGGACCUCCAGGCCUUAGGGACUGACCUCAGUUUCCCUUCUGGCCUUUCUUGCACCCACAUGGAAGAAGGCCGCAUGGCCGAUGCAGGGACCUCGACCCACCCAAGGUGCAGGCGUACACCUACGUUCACCAUGAGGAGGCCCUGAGCACCUGCCGAUACCGGUCCAUCCCCGGGACUGGCUAUCUGAGGCCUCGCUCCAGCCGGCCAACCUUGAUAAAACCCAGCUCAGGACUCCGCUCUGCUUUGCACCCAGCCUGGCGGGACAUGCAUCAGGGCCCUCGUGGCUGCCUUGACCAUUCAUUCCCCUGACUGUCCCUCCACAGAGCUGUACCCUUCCUUCCCGACACAUGUGAACCCCUUCCCCCAUCUGCUCUCAGGUAGAUGAAUGCCACACUCCCCCCCUGAGUGGCGACACAGACAUCUGAUUAUCAGAGUUUCUUGGGGACUUUUUUCUCUGACACUAUAGGGCUGGGCCAUCCACAGUGGACAGAGGGAAUGUAGCAGGAACUCUUUGACUGUUGAUUUAUGAUGUCUUAAUCAGGUACCAGCCAGGUAAAGAGCCUGGAGAAUUCUCUCCUGAAUGUUGGCCUCAGAGCCUGCCUCAGACACUAAGCAAGGCCACCAGCCUGGGGGGAGAUGUCUGGGACUGACUUUACAGGGUCUUCCUUCUUUCUUAAGUGCAGAGGAUCAUGGGAGAAACAGAGAGCCUGUGUUCCCAGCCUCCUCAGUGCUUCCCAGAGUUUAAGUUGUUAAUUUUUUUUUAACUGAACCUGCACUAAAAUCCUCUAAUCAAAGGGUAAACAGAGCCCUUGGAGCUCAGCCCAGGACAGAAUCUAAAUCACACUAUUUUCAAAAUCAUGCAUAAGGAUGGAACAAAAAGGCCCGGUGUGUGGGUAAUCAAGGUCAUGAUUAUUUCAGAGACUAUCUCAAAGCUGUCUAUAUUAGACAUUCGGGAUGGACCAGGGAAGUGAGGACACUGAUCAGCCAUCUCUUCAGUGUGGUGACAUUGCUUUGCAAUCAGCUUUUACUUCUUAUUUUUCUUCGACACUUCCACUGCUUCGGGCUGCCAUUUUAUUUUUUUCAGAGCAAGAGGGAGAGAGGAAAAGACACCACAUCACCAAAGCUUCCUCCAGGGUGGUGGGGGGCUAGACUUGAGCCUGGCUCACAGGUGGCAAAGUAGGCACUCUCCCAGCUAAGCUGUCUUGUCCCUAAUGGCUCUUCUGCAUCUACACUCAGGGGCUGUUGAGCCUGUCCACCAGAUGCCUUGGAAAGAGGGCAGGAUGAGCAGAAUCAUGGGACACUGAGUAGAAUGCCCGAGAGUUCCCUACCUAUAGGCAGGUAUCCAUGUGUUGGGCUGCCUCCCAGGAGAACAGAGAGCCUAGGAAGCUUACGCCCUGAUGACCAGCUGUCAGUUUCAGAAACAAGCCUUGAGGAACUAGUCGGCCUACACAUACAGCCAGGUCACCCACCCAUCACGGAUAGGACACGACAGCUCUCUGUCAGUUGACAUCACCCACGUGUGUUGGGGUAGGGGAGAAGAAAUAAUAACCUUUCAGUUUAAUCAUCCGGGUAAUGGUACAGAAGUGUGAGCUGUUAGUGGGAGGUGCGCUGGUCUAAUCCGCACACCUCAAGGCAGUACAUAAUCCUGCACACGUCAGUGUCUGUGAAAAACCUGGCUUGGUCUUCCUUGCUCACCUGUUUACAUUGCAUAUCGUUCUAAUCUCGAGGAGUAAUAUUAUAAAUAAAAUGAUGCACUUUAGGACCAUUUUCUCUUUUUGAAAUCUGAGCAGGAAUCACCCACAUGACCAAAAAAAAUGUAUUUUCUAAACAAAAUACAUGUGUCGUCUGUCCUUUUAAGUAAUUCUCUUUAAAUAAGCUAGAGCGUAAAUCGGAUCAUUACUAGUGAACUUUAAAAGCACACCGGUCUAAGAGUAUUGUUUUGAAAAUGCUCAUAUGCUAUGGAAUUAAAGAACAAAAGAAAAAAGCUAUACAAAUGAGAAGCUACUAAAUGUUGGAAAUCUCUUGUGCUGCCAAAGGUAAAUUAAAGCAAACAGACUUAUUCAGGACCCCUCAGAUUUUUAUGAUUAAAUAAAACACGUUAUGGUAAAAAAAAUAUAUAUAUAUAUAUAUA